AUGUGUAGGGAUGAAUAUCUUGGAAGUGUUGGAGAAGAGAAGUUGAGGGGUAUGAGGGGGAUGUUGGAGAGGUAUUGGAGAUAUUCUGAGAGCGUUGGGGGUUUGUUGGAGAAGAGGGGAUAUGGAGAGGUAUCGGGGGGUAUAUCCGGAGCUGAUUGCGUGUCAUGGUUCCCUGUGGCUGAGGAUAAAAUGCCUCAGAUUGGCAUGAAAUUGGCAUUUCUGAUGAUCGGUUAA